AUGUUGAGAGUCGCUUAUAUUCCAGAACACUUCCUGUCACCUGUGUUUCUUGCACUCAAGCAUAAAUUCUUCAAGCUUCCGAUUGAAUUUGUCCCCGUUAUUGAGGGUACCGGUCGUCUCGUUAAGUUAUUGAACGAUGACAAGGUUGACGUUGCUAUUGGUUUGACGGAAGGGUUCAUUAGUGACAUCGCCAACGGAAAUAACAACAACACAAUCAUUGGGACGUAUGUCAAGUCCCCUUUAUGUUGGGCCAUUUCUACAGGUCUGAAUCGAUCUGACUUGACAUCGAGGGAUCAAUUGAAUGGUGCCACUGUUGGUGUGUCUCGAAUUGGUUCAGGAUCCUACGUAAUGCUGUAUGUGCUUGCCAAUCAGCUCAAGUUUGACAAGGCAUUUUCUUUCAACGUAUUAGACAAUUUCAAAAACUUGCGUGAUGGUGUCAACCAAGGAGUUGCCGAUUUCUUCAUGUGGGAACAUUUCACCUCCAAAAGAUACUAUGACAAUGGCGAAAUUAAGCGAAUUGGCGAAAUAUAUACUCCCUGGCCGUCUUGGGUCAUUGUUGCAUCCAAAAAAGCGUUGGAAGCCAAAGCUGAUGCAAUUGAUGAUUUCUCUCAAGGCGUUAUCAAGGGUAUCGAAUACUUCAAUCAAAAUCCCGAUGAGGCUGUGAAAUGGAUUGCUGAAAACUUGGAUUAUACAGAGGAUGACGCUCGUGAGUGGUUGAAGACCGUUGAGUUUAAUCCAGAUCUUAAAAUCGAUUGGGAAACGGUGGUGAACAAUACGAAAGCCACACUCCAACAGGCGGGUGUCCUCACUGAUUCAGAGGAAACUUUAGACAAACGAUUGAUAGAACUGGUGAGACACUAA